AAGGGCCGCGGCGCGACGGCCGGGGGAGCGGAGCAGAGCCUGCGACCCACAAAGCCGCCGCCGCCGCGAUGGUGCUGUGAGGCGACCGCCCGCGCUCGGUCCUCCGCCGGCCCGCGACUAUGCCCGGCCGCGCCCGCCCUCCGCGCCCUCCCGCCGCAGGACCAUGAGGCCACGCUCGGGCGGGCGCCCAGGGGCCCCGGGCCGCCGCCGCCGCCGCCUCCGCCGCGGCCCCCGCGGUCGUCGCCUGCCGCCGCCGCCGCCGCUGCCGCUGCUUCUCGGGCUGCUGCUGGCGGCCGCGGGGCCCGGCGCGGCGCGGGCCAAGGAGACGGCGUUCGUGGAGGUGGUGCUGUUCGAGUCGAGCCCGAGUGGCGACUACACCACCCACACCACCGGCCUCACGGGCCGCUUCUCGCGGGCCGGGGCCAUGCUCAGCGCCGAGGGCGAGAUCGUGCAGAUGCACCCACUAGGCCUAUGUAAUAACAAUGACGAAGAGGACUUGUAUGAAUAUGGCUGGGUAGGAGUGGUGAAGCUUGAACAGCCAGAAUUGGACCCCAAACCAUGUCUCACUGUCCUGGGCAAGGCCAAGAGAGCAGUUCAGCGGGGAGCUACUGCAGUUAUCUUUGAUGUAUCUGAAAACCCAGAAGCCAUUGACCAGCUAAACCAAGGCUCGGAAGACCCUCUUAAGAGGCCAGUGGUGUAUAUGAAAGGUGCAGAUGCUAUCAAGCUGAUGAACAUUGUCAACAAACAGAAAGUAGCUCGAGCAAGGAUCCAGCACUUCCCUCCUCGACAACCCACCGAGUACUUUGACAUGGGGAUUUUCCUGGCAUUCUUCGUCGUGGUCUCCUUGGUCUGCCUCAUUCUCCUUGUCAAAAUCAAGCUGAAACAACGUCGUAGUCAGAAUUCCAUGAAUAGGCUGGCUGUGCAAGCUCUGGAGAAGAUGGAAACCAGAAAGUUCAACUCUAAAAUCAAGGGGCGCCGGGAAGGAAGCUGUGGGGCCCUGGAUACACUUAGCAGCGGCUCCACAUCCGACUGUGCCAUCUGUCUGGAGAAGUACAUUGAUGGAGAGGAGCUUCGGGUCAUCCCUUGUACUCAUCGGUUCCACAGGAAAUGUGUGGACCCAUGGCUACUGCAGCACCAUACCUGCCCCCACUGUCGGCACAACAUCAUAGAACAAAAGGGAAAUCCAAGUGCUGUUUGUGUGGAGACAAGCAACCUUACACGUGGUCGGCAGCCAAGAGUGACCCUACCAGUACAUUACCCAGGCCGUGUGCAUAGGACCAAUGCCAUCCCAGCCUAUCCUACCAGGACAAGUAUGGACUCCCAUGGCAACCCUGUCACAUUGCUAACCAUGGACCGGCAUGGGGAGCAGAACCUUUAUUCUCCACAAACACCCACCUAUGUUCGUGGCUACCCGCCCCUGCACCUGGACCACACUCUGGCCGCUCAUCGCUGCAGCCUGGAACACCGGGCCUACUCACCAGCCCAUCCCUUCCGCAGGCCCAAGUUCAGCAGCCGCAGCUUCUCCAAGGCAGCUUGCUUCUCUCAGUAUGAGACCAUGUACCAACACUACUACUUCCAGGGUCUCAGCUACCCAGAGCAGGAGGGCCAGCCAGUACCCAGCAUCACACCCAGGGGCCAAUCCCGUGCCUUCCCACCAAGUGGUGGCAGCAGCCUGCUCUUCCCCACAAUGGUGCAUAUGGCCCCUCCAGCCCAUGUGGAGAGUGGCAGCACAUCUAGCUUCAGUUGCUACCAUGGGCACCGUUCUGUGUGUAGUGGCUACCUGGCUGACUGUCCUGGUAGUGAUAGCAGCAGCAACAGCUCUGGCCAGUGCCGCUGCUCUUCCAGUGACUCCGUGGUGGACUGCACAGAAGUCAGCAACCAAGGUGUGUACGGGAGCUGUUCUACCUUCCGAAGCUCCCUCAGCAGCGACUAUGACCCCUUCAUCUACCGCAGCCGGGGGCCUGCUGUGCACCUUGAGGGCUCCCCUCCACCAGAGGAGCUCCCAGCAGCACACAAUCAAGGUGCUGGGCGGGGUGAGCCAUGGCUAGGCCCUGCCUCUCCCUCAGGGGACCAGCUGUCCACCUGCAGCCUGGAGAUGAACUACAGCAGCAACUCCUCGCUGGAACCCAGAGGGUCCAACAGCUCUACCUCAGAAGUGGGGCUUGAGGUUUCUCCUGGGGCUGCCCUGGACCUCAGGAGGACCUGGAAAGGGGGCCCAGAGGGACCAUCAUGUGCUUGCUGCUUCGAGCCCCAGCCCUCCACCCUGGGCUCUGGGAUAGGAACAACUGCAGGUGGCAGCAGCUUAUUCCUGGGUCCCCGGCUUCUAGAGGACUGCAACCCUCCAAGUGGGGAGUCACAACUAGGGAGCUCCCAGGGCCUGUAUGGCCUUCACUCAGACCAUUAUCCUAGGACAGAUGGGAUGAAAUAUGAGGGCUUGCCCUGCUGCUUCUAUGAAGAGAAGCAGGUGGCCCACAGUGCUGGCAGGGGCAAUGGCUGCUACACUGAGGACUAUUCAGUGAGCGUGCAGUACACACUCACUGAGGAACCCCCACCCAGCUGUUAUGCAGGGCCCCGGGACCUGAGCCAGCGCAUCCCCAUUAUUCCAGAGGAUGUAGACUGUGACUUGGGCUUGCCCCAAGACUGCCAAGGGCUGCACAGCCACGGCCCCUGGGGUGGGGCAUUGGGCUUGGACGUUCCCCGACUCCACUGGAGUCUGGGGACAACCCAGGAAGAGGAACAGGCUCCAUGUUACCAAGCUGAGGUACAGCCUGGCUGCUCUCCAGAGGAGGCAGAUGCUUCCAGGGCUAGCCUCUCCAGUGCCCCCCAGGACACUCAGGAGUCCCAUGCCCUGGCUGCUGAGGCUUCAGGACCAGGAUCUGGCCCAGGCAUCGGUACGGGAGCUUGAGCUCAGAAGGAACUCUUAUAUAGAAAUCGUGAACUGUACGGAGACUUCAAAGUCUGGCUUCCUUCAAAACUAAUAUAUAUAUGUGUGUGUGUGUGUGUGUGUGUGUG